GGAGCGGAAGUGACGCCAGAGUCCUGCCCACCAAAACAAGCGGAGUGCAGGCUGCUGUGUUUAUGAAAGCAGCUGAAGGAAAUGUCGAAUAACUCCAGCUUCUCUGCCUUUACACAGCAACAUGCGGACACCAGAGACACUUCCGUCAGUCUAGUUUUUCCUCACGACGUUUGAAGAGAGUGGGUUUGAUUUUGGAGAAGUUUAAAAAUAGGGACAGAGAGUCAGCAUGGCUAAACGAAGAGAGUGUGCAGAGACAGAGGCCGAUACAAAGAAAGCGAAGCAGGUGCUGAAGGCGAAGAGCAGCGGAGCAAGAGCAACAACAGCGAGGAAGAAGAAAGAUGCCGGUAAUGACAUUACAGAGGAAGAGGAGAACCUUGAGAGGAAGGUCAAACCCAAACCGCGUUCCACCACAAAACGAGCAGCAUCCACAACCUCCACUGCUGUUAAAACCAGUAAAUACUUCCAGUCACCGGUGAAAGAGGAGGAGACUGACAGUGAGGAUGACUUUGACAUGGUGACCUCACCACCACGUGAACGUAAAGGCAAGGCGGCUAAGAAAACUGAGAAAGAAGAAAAAAAAGAGGAGGAGGAGGAGGACAGUGAGGAAGACUUUGACAUGUUGACCUCACCUCCACGUACAUGGAAGGCUAAGAAAACAGAGCAAGAAGAAGAGGAGGAGGAGGAGGAGGAGGAAGACAGUGAUGAAGAGGAGGAUGAUUGGGAAGAAGUGGAAGAGCUGACUGGGCCACUGGGUCCAGUUGAACCACCAGACCUCGUCCUGCCAUCUCAGCCCGUUGAGAUAGAGAUUGAGACUCCAGAAGUCAGGAAAAAGAAAAAGAAGCAGGCAGAGUUUGAGAUGUAUCUGAGGCGGAUGAUGAACCGAUACAAGAAGGAUCUGCUGGAAGACACACACAAGGUCCACCUCAUGUGUCUGAUAGCCAGCGGGAUGUUCCGCAACCGUCUGUGCAAUGAACCAGACCUGCUGGCCAUCACUCUGUCACUGCUGCCCACCCACUUUGGCUCGGUCGCUAAGGAACGCAUCGACCAGAACUACCUCUCUGGACUGCUCAAAUGGUUUAGAGCAACGUUCACCCUCAAUCCUGAUCUUUCCUAUGAGGAGCGUCCAGAUCUCCGGGCUCUGCUGGAGAGGCGGCUGGCCAGCCUAUCAGCCAGAAACCACCAAGAGAUGACUCAUCUGUUCCUGCUGGUCCUGAGGUCCCUGCAGCUCUUCUGCCGAUUGGUUCUUUCUUUGCAGCCGAUUCCUCUCAAACUCCCAUCAGCCAAGGGCAAAACAUCUGCUGGUGGCCCAGAAAAGAGCAGCACAAGCCAGGGAACCUCCAAGAACAGCCCCACUGAGCCGAAAGUUUCUCCUGGUACCAAGAGAACAGCAGGAAGGGAAAAGACCAGAGGAGACAGAGGAGGGAAGAAAGCAAAGAGGAAAGAAAUCAAUGAGGAGGAAGAGGAGAAGGCUGUAACGUCCGUGGGGCAGAGGCCAAAGAACUCGAAGCGCCGCAGCAUUGCCUCAAAAGUCAGCUACAAGGAGGAGAGCAACAGCGAGGGGGAAAAAGAGGAGGAGGAGGGACUAAGUGAUGAAGAGGAAUAUCAGGCGACCAGUGAGGAGGAGGACAGUGCAGAGUCAGACAGUGGGGCUAAAUCUACAAAGAUGAAACAGAAGAACAAAACCAAAGUAUCCAACAGCAAGAGUACCGCAGCUCCAAAGAGAAGGAGUGGUGGAGGGAAAAAACAGGUAAAAGAGGAGGAAGAGGAGGGGGAGGAAGAGGAGGAAGAAAAUAAAGGAGAAGGAAGACUGAGCAAUGGAACAAAACGAAGAAGUGGGAAAAAGAAAGAGGGCCCUGGAGCGGACGUGUGGUUGGAGGUGUAUGUGGAAAAAACUUCCUCCUGGAUUUGCGUUGAUGUGGAGCACGGUGUCGGGAUGCCUCAGCUCUGCUCCCAGAAUGCAACAGCGCCUGUGACGUAUGUGAUAUCGGUGGACGGGAACGGGUUUCUCAAAGACCUGGGAAGGAAGUACGACCCAACCUGGAUGACAUCAUCCAGGAAGAGGCGGGUGGAUGAAGACUGGUGGGAGGAUACGCUUGAACCGUUCCUGGGACCUGAUGACGACAGGGACAAACAGGAGGACAAGGAGCUCGAGAACAAGCUGCUGAACAAACCGCUGCCAGUCUCAGUGGGGGAGUAUAAGAACCACCCGCUGUACGCCUUAAAGAGACACCUGCUGAAAUAUGAAGCUAUCUACCCUCCAACAGCCACUGUACUGGGAUACUGCAGAGGAGAGCCGGUCUACUCCAGGGAUUGUGUGCACACCCUCCACUCCAAAGACACAUGGCUGAAAGAAGCACGAACUGUCAGACUAGGAGAGGAGCCAUACAAGAUGGUGAAGGGCUUCUCUAAUCGUUCCCGUAAGGCCAGGAUGGUGUCUGAGCAGAAAGACCAGAAUGACCUACCUCUGUUUGGAGAAUGGCAGACUGAAGAGUACCAGCCGCCUUUAGCUGUGGAUGGAAAGAUUCCCCGUAACGACUACGGUAAUGUCUACCUGUUUAAGCCCUGUAUGUUACCGGUGGGCUGUGUUCACCUCAGGCUACCCAACCUGCACCGUGUAGCCAGAAAGCUGGACAUCGAUGCUGCUCCUGCAGUCACCGGCUUCGACUUCCACGGAGGAUACUCGCAUGCUGUGACUGACGGUUACAUUGUGUGUGAGGAGCACGAGGAGAUUCUUCGAGCCGCCUGGGUGGAAGAACAAGAGCUUCAGAAGCAGAAGGAGAAAGAGAAAAGAGAAAAGAGGGUGACUUCCAACUGGGCUCUGCUGGUGAAGGGGCUCCUAAUCAGAGAAAAACUUAAACAGCGCUAUGGCAAAAAGAGCCAGGGCCUCGCUCAAGAAGAGGAGACUGGUGGGCUUUCGUCUGAUGAGGAGGCGGUUGAGGGUGGAAGUCCUGGUGCUAAAACUGCGUCUGAAACUCUAGCCAUGUCCUGGCCCCAGAACAGACAAGCAGAGGAGGAUGGUGGGAGCGUCAGUGGGCUGAAGAAGAAGACGACGACAAAACGGGAAAAGAAAGGACAAGAGAAACAUCUGUUCCCCUUUGAGAAAGUGUGAUGACGGAGAUCCAAAAACUACACUAGUUUAGUUAAAUCAAGGUUGAUUACACUCAGCUCUAAAAAGAAAAAAAAAAG